CGGACCGCGGUGAGGCAGCGGGAGACGCCCGCUCUCUCUCUCUCUCUCUCUCUCUCAAUCUUGGCCGCCAUUUCGCAUCUCUCUCCUCGCGCCUCGCCGGCCGGCCGUCACAAGGGCCGUGCGUGACUCGUGAGCAGGUUCCAUGGCGAGCCAGCACCGCGGAGGAGGCCGGGCCGGCGGCGGCGGCCGGGGCCAGGCGAACCCCAACGUCGCUCGUGGUGGCCGGGGCUAUGGCGGCGGCGGCGGUGGCAGAGGCGGGCAGUACUACUAUGGCGAUGAUAGCGGCGGACGCGGUGGUGGCAGGGGCGGUGGUGGUCGUGGCUUUGAUGGCCGCGGCGGCGGUUACCAGCAGGGAGGCCGUGACGGGGGCGGUGGUCGAGGCGUUGGUGGCUACCAGGGAGGUGGGUUACGAGGUGCUGGCGGUUACCACGGAGGCCGUGAUGGGGGCGGUGGUGGCCGAGGUGCCGGUGGCUACCAGGAAGGCCGCGGCGGGGGCCGAGGCGGUGGCGGCUACCAGGAAGGCCGUGGCGGGGGCCGAGGCGGUGCCGGUUACCAGGAAGGCCGUGGCGGGGGCCGAGGAGUGGGAGGUGGCGGCUACCAUGGACACGGAGGUCGUGGAGGUGGCGGCGACUACGGACGCGAGCGCGGUCACGGCGGGCAGCCGAGCCAACCCGAUCUGCGCCAAGCCGGGCCACCCCUCGUGGAGCGCUACGCAGCCGAGGCCGCCGCCCUGCGGGAGAAGUUCAAGACGAUGGACAUCCACCGCGACAUGCCCUUGUCGCCGGUGCGCCCCGGGUUCGGCGCCGCCGGGACGCCGUGCGUCGUCAAAGCUAACCACUUCUUCGUCGGCCUCGUCGACAAGGGCAUUCACCACUACGACGUGACGAUCUCACCGGAGACGACGCUCAAGGGCGUGUACAGGGAGGUCAUGUCGAAGCUGGUGUCCGAGAAGCGGCAGACCGAGCUCGGCGGCCGCCUCCCAGCUUACGACGGCAGGAAGUCCCUGUUCACCGCCGGCGAGCUGCCGUUCAAAACCAAGGAGUUCGAGGUCACCUUGCCUGGAAGGACGGAGAGGCGGUACAAGGUGGUGAUCAAGCACGCCACGGCGGUCAGCCUGGACCAGCUGAAGAUGCUCAUGGCGGGCUACCACACGGACAUCCCGGCGCACGCACUGCAGGUCCUUGACAUCGUGCUGCGUGACAUCGUGCUCAACGAACGCAACAACAUGGAUUACAUUGCUGUUGGUCGGUCCUUCUUCUCUCGGGUCAUAGACACGGUGAGUCUUGGCCAGGGUGUCGAGGGAUGGAAGGGUUUCUAUCAGAGCAUCAGGCCAACACAGAUGGGAUUGUCUGUGAUCAUAGACAUGUCGUCAACAGCGUUCGUUCGGCCCAUGCCACUGAUUCAAUUUGUGAUGGAGAUUCUGAACAAAGAUAACCGGACAUUUGGAAAUAUUACUAACAUGGAUUAUGCCAAGAUCAAGAAGGCGCUCAAGGGCGUGAGGGUUGAAGUCACACACCGAGGAGAUGCACGCCGGAAGUACCGGAUUGCCACCUUGACACAAAGUGGUCCCUCUGUAAUGGACUUUGAAUCCUCAUCUGGAGUUCGGAAGACUGUCACGGAUUACUUCAGAGAGGCAUACCAGAUGGAAUUGCAGUAUGGUUUUCUCCCAUGUCUCCAAGUUGGCAGUGAUCAGAGGCCGAUCUAUCUCCCUAUGGAGGUUUGCAAGAUAGUUCCUGGACAGCAGUACAGGAAGAAGCUGGAAAGCCAACAGGUGUCUAGGCUAAUGGACUCAACAUGCCAGCGUCCAUCUGCCCGUGAGGCAAACAUUUGUCAGGUUGUUGAACGCAAUGACUACAAUAGUACUGAGCGUUCAAAUGAAUUUGGCAUAAAGGUUGACUAUCAUCCUACUUCAGUUCAGGCUAGAGUUCUGCCUGCUCCCACUCUGAAGUACUAUGGUACUGGAUCUGAAAGUUUGUGCUACCCAAAGGAUGGACAGUGGAACAUGAUGAAAAAGCGAGUAGUAGAUGGCGCAAGGGUUUGCAACUGGGCCUGCAUUAACUUUUGUCAAGAUUUGCGAAUGAAUGAUGUUAAAAAAUUCUGCUCUGAUCUGGUUACAUGGUCUCGAAACACUGGAGUGGGCAUGGAUGAGUUGAAGCUUCCUAUAUUCACUGCUCGUCCAGGUCAAGUUGAAGCUGAUCUUAGUAAGCACUGUCAGGAUGCAUGGAACAUGCUGGGAGGGAAAAAGAUUGGCCUUCUGCUUGCUAUAUUGCCAGAUAAAAAUGUUAGCUUAUAUGGAAAUUUCAAAAGGAUCUGUGAGACCGAGAUUGGGAUCAUGUCGCAAUGUUGUCUGGCGAAACAUGUUAUUCGUGCAAGUCCUUCCUACUUCGCUAAUGUUGCUAUUAAGAUCAAUGCCAAGAUUGGAGGGAGGAACACAGAAUUUGCUAACCCCCAAGAAAGUUUACCGGUUGUUUCGAGCGAACCAACUAUUAUAUUUGGUGCCGAUGUUACUCACCCUGCUGCUCUAGAUGAUAGUGCUCCUUCCAUUGCUUCUGUUGUUGCCUCCAAAGACUGGCCCAAGGUGGCCAAGUAUAAUGGCGUUGUUCGUGCACAAGGUCACCGUCAAGAGCUCAUCAAUGGCCUGGAAGACAUUGUCAAGGAACUUCUACUUGCAUUCGAACAAGGCUCUAAGCAGAAACCAAAGAAGCUUAUAUUCUACAGGGAUGGAGUAAGCGAGGGCCAAUUCAAACAAGUGUUGGAACAAGAAAUCCCGGAGAUAGAGAAGGCAUGGAAAUCUCGGUACGAUGAGAAGCCACACAUCACCUUCAUAGUUGUGCAGAAGAGGCACCACACAAGGAUCUUCCCUGACAACCACAAUGAUCACCGCUGGACGGACAAGAGUGGAAAUAUUCUACCUGGUACUGUAAUUGAUAAGAAAAUAUGCCACCCAACAGAAUUUGAUUUCUUCCUGUGCAGCCAUGCUGGUAUCAAGGGAACAAGUCGCCCUACGCAUUACCAUGUCCUGCGAGAUGACAACAAGUUCACUGCAGAUGGUCUGCAGUCCCUCACAUAUAACUUGUGCUACUUGUAUUCAAGCUGCACUCGCUCGGUAUCAAUUGCUCCUCCUGCGUACUACGCCCACAAGCUCGCGUUCCGUGCCCGCUUCUACGUCAACCAAGGCUCCGACGUGACGAUGAGUGGCAGCGACAGCAGUUCGUCUGCUCCUGCUGCUGGUCCGUUCUCACUUCCAGAGAUCAAGGAUGAGCUGAAGAGGUCCAUGUUCUACUGCUAGUCCUUGACCACUGUCACGCCUCCUGAACAAAGCUUUGCUCUACUGAGGUUCUGGGAAUGCACUCUGAUCGAAGGAUGGAAAGAAUAACGUCUGCGGUUGUUGCCGUUUUCUUUUCUUUCUUUUGUGGUUCGGUGUGUUUCAUGGAUAAACAUCGAAGUCUUUGUGCUAAGUGAUUACUAUUUACAACUAUUCAGAACACCCAAGGGGUGUGUGUC